GUUGUAGUGCAGAAGAGAACCUUUGAUGAUGAGGGUGCUGUUGUUUUUAGGCCUUGUGGCCCUAUCUUUGGCAAUAAAGAAGCGAUAUGAUGGAGAUCAUGUCCUCUCCGUGUAUCCUACAGACGAGUACACCGUCCAUUAUAUGCACGAUCUAUACAACAGAGAAUAUCUCUAUAUGGACUUGUGGACCGAACCAAGAGCAGUGUUCAGCCCUAUCGUAUUUCGGGUUACUGCGGACCGAUAUGUUGAAAUAACUCGUCAAUUAGAUGAGGCAGGAAUUGCAUAUGACAUCCGAGUUAACGACAUCCAAACGUUGAUUGACGAGGAGGAGGCAAUCCUGUCUGCCAAGGACUAUUCACAAAUUGUUCCGGAGGACUUUGAUGCAUACUGGCCAUUUGACACUUUGAUGUCUUGGACGGAAGACAUCUCGGCCAAUAGAUGCGGGGGAAGAUGUGCCAUCACCAGCAUUGGCACGUCUUAUGAAGGGAGAAAUAUCCGUCUUAUUAAAAUUGGAACCCAAACUAAUACCACCAAACGAGCUGUGUUCAUAGAUUGUGGAAUUCACGCCAGAGAAUGGAUCGCACCAGCAACCUGCACAUACUUCAUUUGGAGGCUGACUCAAGACUAUGGUAGUGUCGCUGAAGUGACCAGACUAGUUGAUACAUACGACUUUUUCAUUCAACCUGUUGUGAACCCAGACGGCUAUGAAUAUACAAGAGAUGUGGAACGUUUGUGGAGGAAAACCAGGUCCGACUACAAUGAUGCUUUGGGAUGUAUUGGCACAGAUGGAAAUAGAAACUACGGUUCUUAUUGGGGAAGCGAUGAAGGAGGGGCCAGCGAUGAACCAUGUUCAGACACAUACCACGGACCAAGUGAGUUUUCUGAGGUGGAAUCUCAACGCCAAAGAGAUUUCAUCCUUCCCAUCAAGGAUCGCUUCAUUGCCUUCUGGACUGUACAUUCUUUCGGACAAUAUAUGCUUUGGCCUUGGGGAAGUGUAUUCGAUGUCCCUCCAAAUGAGGCUGAAUUGGAUCAAGUUGGACAGGCCAUCGUCGAUGCUAUAUUUAAUGUCCACGGUCGGGUUUAUACUCAAGGUCAAUCUGCUGUGGUUCUAUACGGUACCCAGGGAUCAUCUCAAGAUUGGGCAUAUGCCUGGGAAGGUAAUCCCGGUGGUUCUGGUGCUGGUAUAGAGUACUCUUACACACCUGAGCUGAGAGACACUGGCACCUGGGGCUUUGAACUGCCCCCUGAUCAGAUUCUUCCUGUCGGUCAGGAGAUGUGGGCUGGACUACAGGCCAUGAUACGAGAGAUUGAGAGCAUCGGCCUACCCCCAUAAAUUUAAAUGUUGGCCUACUCUAUUUGAAAUAAAUUACUAUCAUAUCAAUAAACAACAGUUCAUCAAAUAAA